AGGCUUUGGGAGCUGUGCAGCUAUUGACGCUAGUUCCGUGAUUCGAGGCUUGUAAGCCGGGUUGGUUCGCAAGUUCGGAAGCGGAGAGCGAGAAAUAGUAGAUCGUGAUAUCGCUCGAAACAGGUUCGGUGGUGGAAGCGGAGGGAGUUGGACAAUAUGACGUCCAGUGAGAGAGUAGAGAACAUCAGCUACCAGAAUCAGGUCGGCGAAAGCGUGAUGCUAUAUGAGUGUGAGAGUCGCGCAGUCUGUGUCAUUCGGAACCGCAACCACCUCUGCCGCAAAUGUAAUCGCCGCUUCAGCACCAGGAGCCGUCUCGAACAGCAGCUCAAGAAGUGGUGUUCGACGCAUCUAAGACCCCGACAAUCGCUUGGGUCAGACAAUUGCUGGCCAUCUGACUUCUCCAGGUUUCGAAUCUCUGGUGAGGCGAAGACAUCUCGUUCCUCAUGCUCUUCAAAUCUGCCUCCAAACUCCAAUUGUCUACCACUCUGGUAUCUCAGGGUCGAAUUGCAGUGUCGCUACUAUGAGGUGAUAGAGCAGGUCUUUUCUCGAAGACUUGAAAGUGGUGGUUUUAUUGCGCAGAGCGAAGGGCGGCGCUCAGCCCGCUGCGGAAGUGCGCCUGUCACGAUGAAUGUAGUAGAGGGGUUUUUUUUUCUUACAAGUAAGCAAGACUCCCGUCGCAGGUGGCAUUUGAGGCUCAGAUUCAUUCGUGGAGAGAUAAGUGGAAUGCAGGUGGCUGGUACAUUAGAAAGAGCGUGAGUGAGAUAUGAGAGUAAGAUAUCGGCGGACAGUUCCCGUGGGCACGUGUGUGGUGUGAGGGUUUGCACAGCAGUGCAGCGAUCCUAAGGGUAUAUAUUUUGAAAUAUUUUGGCAGUUCUCAAAUUAUCUUUGCGGGAAUGCGGAAUGCGGGAUGCGGGGUGCAGACAUGCUGGAGAUUGUGCAGUGGUGAACACUAAUAUCUUCUCCAUAAUACAGGUACAGCGCUGAGCACACUUGUCGGUAUCUGUCGGUAUCUGUCGAUAUCUGUCG